AUGAUUGAAUUGACAUUAAAAGUUUUAAUAUUGGCAAUAUCUUUGUCGACCUUGACACUUGGCGCCAAAACUGAUUUCGAUCAGGAAGAAGAAAAAGCUGCCAAUUUUUUAGAGUUAAUAGAACAGCCCAAUAUAGAUUGGUAUAAUCGUAUAGGACUAGCCAAUUGGGAUUAUAACACUAAUAUAACGAAAGAAAAUGCAGAGAAAAAGAAAAAAGUAAAUGCAGAAUAUGCUUUAUAUAGAAAGCUCCAACUUGCAGAAGCUUCAAAAUUCAAUUGGAGGCAAUUUAAAGAUGAAGAUCUUAAAAGACAGUUCAAGCUUCAUCUUAAAUUAGGAGAUAGUAUUUUAAAUGAACAUAAAUAUCGUCGACUGCAAGAUAUUCAAAAUGAAAUGAAAACAAAUUAUGCAACUGCAAAGAUAUGCGAUUAUAAGAAUAGAAAAAAGUGCGAUUUGGAAUUGGAUUCAGAUGUGAACGAAAUCUUUGCAAAAAGUAGAAAUGCAAAAGAAUUACAGUACGUUUGGGAACAAUGGAGAAACGUGGCCGGAGCUCCAAUUCGAAAAUUAUAUUCAGAGUAUGUUGAAUUGAAAAACGAAGCAGCUCGACUUAAUAAUUACACCGACGUUGCCGAAAUGUGGCUAUCAGAAUACGACACUAAGGAUUUCGAAGAUGAGCUUUCCAGUAUAUUAAGGGAAUUGAAACCUUUAUACAACCAACUUCACGCUUAUGUUCGAUAUAAGUUAAGAAGACAUUAUUCUGUAGAAGUGGUAUCAGAACGAGGCCCAAUUCCGGCUCAUUUGCUAGGCAACAAUUGGGCGCAAAAUGGUCUCAAAUUGAAGAUAUUGUUAAACCGUAUCCGGACGCAAAUGGGGCAGAUAUAA